AGUUAUAUAUAUACUGUGAAAAAUUCUCUUUCCUAAAAUCAAAGAAACAAACUAAUCAGAAGCAGAGAGGAAUGGCUUCUGGUUUAGAGUCCGGUGGGCACAACCCAGCAUUAGACUACGAUAUCGACGUACCUGAAAAUCCAGCCUACGAAUUUGCAGAGUUCGGCACCGGCUGUUUUUGGGGUGCAGAGCUUGCCUUCCAGCGAGUUGUAGGUGUGGUCAAAACGGAGGUUGGUUAUUCUCAAGGCCAUACUCCAGAUCCAACUUAUAAACAAGUCUGCUCUGGAAUUACCAAUCAUGUGGAGGUUGUUCGGGUUGCAUUCGACCCGAAACUCUGCCCUUACAACAACCUCCUCUCUCUCUUUUGGUCUCGCAUUGAUCCCACCUCCCUUAAUCGCCAAGGGAAUGAUAAAGGGGCUCAAUAUAGAUCGGGGAUAUACUACUUCAACGAGACACAAGCUCGUUUAGCUCAUGAAUCCAAAGAAGCCAAGAAGUUGGAGUUCAAAGACAAAGAAGUUGUAACAGAGAUUCUUCCAGCCAAGAGAUUCUAUAGGGCAGAAGAGUACCAUCAGCAGUAUUUGGAGAAAGGAGGAGGGAAAGGCCACAAACAAUCUGCUGAAAAGGGUUGCACUGAUCCCAUUAGAUGCUAUGGUUAAGGCCAAACCAACCAAGAAUAACUACAUUGUGUGUCUUUGUUAAUCCUCUGCUUUUGUUGCUUCUGGCUUUGGUUGAGAGUGGGGCUUGCCUAUUGUAUCACAAAGAAGUUGCACAUAUAAUAAAAGUUCGAGGCUUCUUUAUGCUAUCA